AUGACCGAGACCACCAAGACGCACGUGAUCCUGCUGGCCUGCGGCAGCUUCAACCCCAUCACCAAGGGCCACAUCCACAUGUUUGGCAAGGCCUUCGACAUCACCUACGUGCGCCUCAAGUUCCACACGAGCCGGCCUGAGAGCUUCGCCAUCUACAAGCGCACGCGCGAGGACGGGCCCUGGCUGCCCUACCAGUACUACAGCGGCUCGUGCGAGGCCACGUACGGCCGCGCCACCCGCGCCUUCCUGCGCACGGGUGCCGACGAGCAGCAGGCGCUGUGCACCGACGAGUUCAGCGACAUCUCCCCGCUCACCGGCGGCAACGUGGCCUUCUCCACGCUGGAGGGCCGGCCCAGCGCCUACAACUUCGACCACAGCCCCGUGCUGCAGGAGUGGGUGACGGCCACCGACAUCCGGGUCACUCUGAACCGCCUGAACACUUUCGGGGACGAGGUGUUCAGUGACCCCAAGGUCCUCAAGUCCUACUACUAUGCCAUCUCUGACUUUGCCGUGGGCGGCCGGUGCAAGUGCAACGGCCACGCCAGCCAGUGUGUGCGGGACGGGCGGGGCCAGCUGGUGUGUGACUGCAAGCACAACACCCAGGGCGUGGACUGUGAGAAGUGCCUGCCCUUCUUCAACGACCGCCCGUGGCACCGGGCCACGGCCGAGAGCGCCAACGAGUGUCAGCCCUGCGACUGCAGCGGCCGCUCCCAGGAGUGCUACUUCGACCCCGAGCUCUACCGCUCCACAGGCCACGGGGGCCACUGCACCAACUGCAGGGAUAACACGGACGGGCCCAAGUGCGAGCGGUGCCGGGAGAACUUCUUCCGCCUGGGAGCGCACGACGCCUGCGCCCCCUGCCACUGCAGCCCCGUGGGCUCCCUGAGCACCCAGUGUGACAGCUACGGCAGGUGCAGCUGUAAGCCGGGAGUGAUGGGGGACAAGUGCGACCGCUGUCAGCCGGGGUUCCACUCCCUCACGGAGGCGGGCUGCAGGCCCUGUGUCUGUAACCCUUCGGGCAGCGUGGACGAGUGCAACGUGGAGACGGGGCGCUGCUUCUGCAAGGACAACGUGGAGGGCUUCAACUGCGAGAGGUGCAAGCCCGGAUUUUUCAACCUGGAGCCCUCGAACCCGAAGGGCUGCGCCCCCUGCUUCUGCUUCGGACACUCGUCGGUGUGCACCAACGCCGUGGGCUAUAGCGUGCACGCCGUUACCUCCACCUUCCAGAUCGACGAUGACGGCUGGCACGCCGAGCAGAGGGAUGGCUCCGAGGCCUCCCUGGACUGGUCCGCCCAGCGCCAGGACGUGUCCGUCAUCUCCGACAGCUACUUCCCGAGAUACUUCAUUGCUCCAGCCAAGUUCCUGGGCCAGCAGGUGCUGAGCUACGGUCAGAACUUCUCCUUCUCCUUCCGUGUGGACCGGCGGGACACCCGCCUGUCCGCAGAGGACGUGGUGCUGGAGGGGGCCGGCCUGCGGGUCUCCGUGCCCCUGAUCGCGCAGGGCAAUGCCUACCCCAGCGAGACCGCCGUGAAAUACGUCUUCAGGCUCCACGAAUCCACUGAUUACCCCUGGAGGCCCACCCUGAGCCCUUUCGAGUUUCAGAAGCUCCUCAACAACCUGACGGCCAUCAAGAUCCGCGGGACGUACAGCGAGAGGAGUGCUGGCUACCUGGAUGACGUCACCCUGGCCAGCGCCCGGCCCGGGCCCGGCGUCCCCGCCACCUGGGUGGAGGCGUGCACCUGCCCAGCGGGCUACGGGGGGCAGUUCUGCGAGACAUGUCUCCCCGGCUUCCGGAGGGAGACCCCGGGCCUCGGGCCCUACAGCCCGUGCGUGCUCUGCAUUUGCAACGGACACAGCGAGUCCUGUGACCCCGAGAGUGGUGUGUGCAGCUGCGCCCACAACACGGCCGGCCCCCACUGCGAGAAGUGCACCGACGGCUACUAUGGGGACGCCACGGCAGGCACCGCCUCCGACUGCCAGCCCUGCCCGUGCCCCGGCGGCUCCAGCUGUGCCGUGGUGCCCAGGACCGGGGAGGUGGUCUGCACCAACUGCCCCACCGGCACCACUGGCAAGCGCUGUGAGCUGUGUGACGACGGCUACUUCGGGGACCCCCUGGGUCAGGCAGGGCCGGUGCGGCUGUGCCGGCCCUGCCGCUGCAGCGACAACAUCGACCCCAACGCCGUGGGCAACUGCCACCGGCUGAGCGGGGAGUGUCUCAAGUGCAUCCACAACACGGCCGGCUUCUACUGCGACCGCUGCCGCCACGGCUUCUACGGGAACCCCUUGGCCCCCAGCCCCGCGGACAAGUGCAAAGCCUGCAGCUGUAACCCCUUUGGGACGGCCGCGCAGGAGGGCGGCUGCAAUGCGGUGACGGGCCAGUGCGAGUGUCUGCCGCACGUGAUGGGGCGCGACUGCGGGGCCUGCGAGCCCGGCUUCUACAACCUGCACAGCGGGCGCGGCUGCGACAGGUGCAACUGCCACGCGCUGGGCUCCACCAACGGGCAGUGCGACGUGCGCACGGGCCAGUGCGAGUGCCAGCCAGGCGUCACGGGCCAGCACUGCGAGCGCUGCGAGCCCAACCACUUCGGGUUCGGGCCCGAAGGCUGCAAACCCUGCGACUGCCACCCCGAGGGCUCGCUGUCCCUGCAGUGCCGCGACGACGGGCGCUGCCAGUGCCGCCAGGGCUUCGUGGGCACCCGCUGCGACCAGUGCGAGGAGAACUACUUCUACAACCGCUCCUGGCCCGGCUGCCAGGAGUGCCCGGCCUGCUACCGCUUAGUCAAGGACAAGGUGGCCGAGCACCGGGCCAGACUUCGGGAGCUAGAAGGUCUCAUCGCCGACCUGGGCACUGGUGACGAGGCGGUGACGGACCAGGCCUUCGAGGACAGGCUGAAGGAGGCCGAGCGGGAGGUCAUGGACUUGCUGCGGGAGGCACAGGAUGUCAAAGACGUGGACCAGAACCUGCUGGACCGCCUCCAGCGGGUCAACAGCAGCCUGAGCAGCCAGGUGGGCCGCCUGCAGAACAUCCGCAAGACGGUGGAGGAGACCAGGGACCUGGCCGAGCAGGCGCGCAUGCGGGUGGACAGCACCGAGCAGCUCAUCGAGAUCGCGGCCCGAGAGCUGGAGAAGGCCAAGGUGGCCAUGGCCAACGUGUCCAUCACGCAGCCUGAGUCCACUGGGGACCCCAACAACAUGACGCUCCUGGCAGAGGAGGCGCGGCGGCUCGCAGAACGCCACAAGCAGGAAGCCGACGACAUCGUCCGCGUGGCCCAGACGGCCAAUGAGACGUCGGCGGAGGCCUACAGCCUGCUUCUGCGCACGCUGGCCGGCGAGAACCAGACGGCCCUGGAGAUCGAGGAGCUCAACAGGAAGUACGAGCAGGCCAAGAACAUCUCGCGGGACCUGGAACGGCAGGCGGCCCGGGUGCACGAGGAGGCGCAGCGGGUGGGGGAGAAGGCGGUGGAGAUCUACGCCAGCGUGUCCCAGCUGGCGCCCGUGGACUCGGAGGCACUGGAGAACGAGGCCAAUAAGAUCAAGAAGGAGGCGGAGGAGCUGGAGCACCUGAUGGGGCAGAAGCUGCGGGACUACGAGGCCCUGCGCGAGGACAUGCAGGGGAAGGAGCUGGAAGUCCGCGGGCUGCUGGACAAGGGCAAGACGGAGCAGCAGACGGCUGACCAGCUGCUGGCGCGCGCCGACGCGGCCAAGGCCCUGGCCGAGGAGGCCGCCAAGAAGGGGCGGGACACGCUGCAGGAGGCCACGGACAUUCUCAACAACCUGCGGGACUUCGACCAGCGGGUGAACGACAACAAGACGGCGGCCGAGGAGGCGCUGCAGCGGGUCCCGGCCAUCAGCCGCACCAUCGCGGAGGCGGAGGAGAAGACCCGCGAGGCGCAGGUGGCCCUGGGCAACGCCGCGGCCGACGCCACCGAGGCCAAGGACAGGGCCCAUGCGGCCGAGCGCAUCGCCAGCGCCGUGCAGCAGAACGCCACCAGCACCAAGGCUGAGGCCGAGAGGACCUUCGCCGAGGUGACGGGCCUGGACGGGGAGGUGAGCACGAUGCUGCGGCAGCUGCAGGAGGCCGAGGAGGAGCUGAAGCGGAAGCAUGAUGCGGCCGAGCAGGACGCGAUGAUGGCCGGCAUGGCGUCCCAGGCGGCACAGGAGGCGGAGAUCAGCGCCCGGAAGGCCAAGAACUCGGUGACCAGCCUCCUGCAGCUCAUCAACCAGCUCCUGGAGCAGCUGGGCCAGCUGGACACGGUGGACCUGAACAAGCUGAACGAGCUCGAGGGCGCCCUGAGCCAGGCCCGGGACGAGAUGCAGAGCAGCGAGCUGGACCGCAAGGUGUCGGCGCUGGAGCGGGAGGCCCGGGGCCAGGAGGCCGCCAUGCUGGGCUACGACCGCGACAUCGAGGCCAUCCGCCGGGACGUGCGCAACCUGGAGGACAUCCGCAGGACGCUGCCGGCCGGCUGCUUCAACACGCCGUCCAUCGAGAAGCCCUAGGCCCCCCCCCCCCGGCCGGACCCCGCCCCCCCCCCGCCUCCGUCCCCACCAGGUACAGGCCCCGGGGCCGGCGGGGGGGGCCGCCUUCGAGGGAGCCAGCCCACUGGGACACCCUUGGGCCCCCCACCCCCUGGACGCCGGCUACGGGCCCCCCGCAGUCACCCCGGGCCCCCGCUGUGAGGAUAAACCACUAGAGCCAGCCCGGAACGGGGCCCCCGCCAGCAGGGGAAGGUCCCUGUGGCGCGGGGGGGGGGGCAGGGGGGCGGGAGUUGAGCCUCUGCGGAUGCCCCUCCCCCUUCCCGCAGCCCCCCCCCCGCCCCCCCAGACGUGCUGUUGCCAACCCCGGUGUACCCAUCCCUCCACUUCCUGAACCGAGACUCCAGCCCCUGCCCCCCCACCCCACCCCGCCACGUGCUUUGGGCGAGGACCACCCUCUAGGCAGCACCGUGGUGGGCCUCGGGGGUCCCCCACGGCCCCACCUCCAGGCACGACCUCCCCACACACACCCACCCACCCCCAGACCUAUAUCUAGCCUUAACACUAUGCAACUUUGUACUUUGCCUAGGGAGGGAAAGAAACUAUAUUAUUUUGACACACUGGUGCUAUUCGUCGUUUCAAAUUUAUAUUUUUGUGUGACUGUGCUUUUUUUUUUUUGGUCCCCCCUUCCCCCCCAAACUCGUCCCCCCGCCCCUGCCCCGAGAGUAAGCAGCAGCUGAAAAUAAGACUCAGCCCCAUUCCUGGGGCGCUGUGGGCUCUGAGGCUCAGCCCGGCCCCCCCUCACCACCAGCAUGUGCCUUCAGCCUGGGGUCCCCCCUCCAGGACACUCCCCCUGUGACGGGGGUCUUGAGGGGGCCAGGGCCGUGGCGGGCAGGAGAGGACAGAGCUAGGGGAUCACGCUGAAGCAGCCGUCAGAUGCACUGAGGAAUGUUCUAGAAAGGCCGUCCUCGGGGUGUUGGCUGGGCGUAGCCGGCAGGGCGCCCCCGGGAAGAGGGGCUGCUCGGUCCCCUAGACCCGGAACUGCUCCUCAGCUGUGUGUGCCUUUCUGCCUGCCUGUGUGCUGUGCUCGGGUUUUACUUCGGUGCCCCAGUUCUACGCCCCGGGGGAACCCAGGCCCCCCACCCGUGAGGCCGCACCCGCCAAGCCCCCCACCCGGCCACACGUUGGGGGUGACUUCAGGAGAGUUUUAUUUUUCAAGUCAAAGUCCUUGAGUGAGAUGAAGCGUGGUGGGCCUCCGGCGUGCGGGCCUGUGGGUGCCUGGGGCACAGGCCGGGGCGCGGGGGUCCCCCCAGUGCCCUCCACACCCGCCCCACCUCCCCCCGCACUGCCCUGCUCUCGGGUGCGGACGAGUGCGACACUUGGCAUUUUGUAUGUUACAGAACCAGUAUUUUAUUUAUAAUAAAAUCGGAAUAUUUGUAAC